AUGAUACUCGGUCAGAUCUCGUUCCUCGAUUGUUUGGCCUUUGUAGUCUUCCUGGCCCCUCAAUUGCUGAUCCAGAUUGGCCUGUUCCCUGUCUUGACAUGGCUGGUCCCAGCGCUGCCGUUCAUAGCCUGUCAAGUUUGCCUCAUACCAUAUCAAUUCGUGCGCGAGCGAUACUUUCUCCCAUAUGAGAAGCGCAGUCCGUUCGUGAAGAAGGCGACGCCGUUCCAGGACUUUGUCAUCAGAUGUGUUCGCUACGCAUUCGCCAAUAUGCCCGCCUUCAUUGGCCGGGUCUUCUUUUCAAAAGCCGUUUCCUUGCCUUUUCUUCGCUUUCGAAUGCUGCGCCAUGGCAUCGUCACAAGUCCCAUUAGGUGGACUGAAGUCAACAGGCCUGACUUCAGAGGCGUAUUGAUCAAGCACAAUCAACAAGAGCAGCCUGAUAUCAUCGUGUACUAUGCUCACGGUGGUGGUUUCUCCAUGGGUAGCUCCUACUUCUACAUGGAGUUUCUGCUUGCAUGGGUAACGCUCCUGAAAGCUGCUGGUUAUAGAAAUCCCGCUCUCUUCGCACUGGAAUACACUCUUGUACCGGAUGCAACCUAUCCAGUGCAACUCCACGAGACGUUGGCAGGAUAUCAAUACGUCCUUUCGCUCGCUCAGUCUUCAACAAGAGUAGUGGUCGGUGGCGAUUCUGCUGGCGCAACCCUAAUAUUGAGCUUCUUACUUUACUUGACAGACCACGCAGAGCUGAGGCACCAGCAACCGGGGUUGGCAGUGAUGAUAAGCCCAUGGGUUACCAUUGUCUCGAAGAACAAUCGCAAUACAGCUUCAGAUUUCCUCAACGAUAAAUCGCUCGAACAGUACGGCCGCCAGUACAUUGGCACAAAGGUGUCUGAAACCAAUUCAAUGGUAUCGCCUGGCCAUUGCACAGACGCCAAAAAGUGGUCUGAUGCCUCGCCCGACUAUGGUUGGUACUUUUUGUACGGGAGCGAAGAAGUGCUCGGUCCUGAGACCAGAGAACUCAUCAGCCUUCUGAAGAGUGUAGACACGCAAGUGGAUGAGUGGGAAGAGCAAGGCGGCAUUCACGCAUGGCCCGUUGCCAGUCUAUAUCUGGGCGAAAGCAGGGAGGAAAGGCUCGGAGGACUGCAGAGCAUGGUUGGAGCUAUCAAAGACAGGAUACUUUGUUAA